CUGAGAUCUACGAUUUAGAUAAGCAAGAGAGAGAAGAGAUGGAGUUCGUAGAUGGUAGAGAAACGAGAAGACGCGACAAAGGAGAAGACGCGAUGUCAACACCACCACCACUGCCAUCGUUCGUUACUAUCACCACCAUCGCCAUCUCUCCCAUCCCCAAUCGCUCGUCACCACCACCAUGGCUUCUAAGAUCCGUCUUCACCGGAGUCGCCACCACCUCCGUCACGCUCGUCACUUCUUUCUUUCUCUCGGAGAGAGUAAACCUGCUGAGUUUCUCGCCGACGUCUUGGUGGUCACAGAGAGAGAUUGUGGAGAAGAUGAUUGAAAUGAUCGACUCUGGUUUUGAUUGUGGGAAUGUGAUAUGUGCCAGAUAUGACAAGACCUUGUUUCUAGGAAAGCAACGCCAGCAAGUGUGGACCUCCUCUAUGACAUCUCAGAUGAUGUAUGAGAACAGAGGCUUAAGUCGGAGAUGGCAGAGAAAUCUAGCGGUGGUGGUGUAGGCCUAAUGGAAGAAAGUAUGCUGCUCUCGCUUUGGGUACUUUACCUUGGAAGCCUCAAUCUUCUGAAUUUGAGCAAUUGGCUAGUGAAUACGCGGCAUGGACACUUGCCAAUGGCUAUGCACUUAAUCCCGUCACUAUCUCUGUCCAUCGGCUUAAAUCUCAUCCAAACAAGAAGAAGAAGAAGAGAAGAAAGAUACAAGAAGAAGGAGAUGACGGAACUGCGAUGGGAAGGAGACUGCAGCUUAGAGCUUUAAGUUUUGGUUUAUUAGGCUUGGUUCAAUUUUUUUUUGGUUAAUUUAGGUUUGGUUAAUUAGGUUUUGGUUUAAUUUUUUGGUUAAUGUAUAAACUGAUUUUAUUUGUAAACAAAAUUUAAUUAAUAAAUAAAAUUUAAUUUUU